AUGCCAGAAACAGUGUUUAUUACCGGUGUCUCUGGAUACAUUGCUCUGAACGUCGCUCUUCAGUUAUCUGAAAAAGGUUACCAUAUAGUUGGAACUGUCAGAACGAAAGACAAGGGUGAAUACUUGGUAAGACAAUUAGGUGCCGAUAAGUUCUCUUAUGAAAUAGUCACUGAUUUGGAUAAGGAAAACUGUUUUGAUGAAGCCUUAGCAGCUCAUCCUGAGGUAACAGUAGUCCUUCAUAUUGCUUCACCAUGCUUCUUCACUACUACGGAUGCUGAACGGGACAUUCUUAAACCAGCUAUUGAGGGAACUAAGAAUAUUCUUUCAGGGAUAUUAAGAAAGGCUCCUCAGGUUCGUCGUGUUGUUCAUACAUCUUCUGAUUCAGCCAUCAUGUCCUUUAAAGAAGAACAUGUUCCCACCAAAACUUUUGACGAAACGACAUGGAAUGAAAACACCUAUGAAGACAGUUUGGUUAGUCCCUUUGAAGCGUACUACGGAUCAAAGGCACUUGGUGAAAAGUAUGCUUGGAAAUUCGUUAAAGAAAAUCCAGUCAAUUUCACUCUUGCAACAAUCUGCCCAUCUUAUGUAUUUGGUCCCCAACCGUUUGAUGAACCAUUUGGAGGGAAGUCGUUUGUUAAUGCUUCCAAUGAAGAGAUUUUGGGACUCUUGAGCUUGAAAUCAGAGGAAGAGUUCGAAGACCUGACAGGUGGUUAUAUUUAUUGUAGGGAUAUUGCAAGAGCACACAUUGAAGCUUUCGAACGGGACGAUUUGGUUGGGAAAAGAUUGCUUGUCACCAAUGGAUCCUUUGGAUCUCAAUACAUCUUAGACUUAAUUCACAAGAUGUUCCCUCAAUUGGCUUCUAGUGUGAUCAAAGGUCCAAAUCCUGGCCAGGGGAAAGAGGUAAUGGCAUCCAAAUUGGCUAAAGUUGACAAUUCAAGGACCAGAAAGCUUUUGACUUGGGGCUUUAAAGAUUUGGAAGACAUUGUUAAGGAAACAGUACAACAAUUCUUGAACAACACCCAAUCGAGUUAA